GAAGAGGCGUCCGGAACCUUUCUGCUGUGCUUUUUGCCCGGACGUGCCGAAGCGGAGGCCGGAAGUCCUUUGCCCGGAGGUUCCGGGUUUCCUGGGCUACUACAAUGGCGAUGAGUUUCGAGUGGCCGUGGCAGUAUCGCUUCCCGCCCUUCUUUACGUUGCAGCCGAACGUGGACACUCGGCAGAAGCAGCUGGCCGCCUGGUGCUCGCUGGUCCUGUCCUUCUGCCGCCUGCACAAACAGUCCAGCAUGACGGUGAUGGAAGCUCAGGAGAGCCCGCUCUUCAACAACGUGAAGCUACAGCGGAAACUCCCUGUGGAAUCAAUCCAGGUUGUAUUAGAGGAACUAAGGAAGAAAGGGAACCUGGAGUGGUUGGAUAAGAACAAGUCUAGCUUCCUGAUCAUGUGGCGAAGGCCAGAAGAAUGGGGGAAACUCAUCUAUCAGUGGGUUUCCAGGAGUGGCCAGAACAACUCCGUGUUCACCCUAUAUGAACUGACCAAUGGGGACGACACAGAGGAUGAGGAGUUCCAUGGGCUGGAUGAAGCAACCCUGCUUCGGGCUCUGCAGGCUCUACAGCAGGAGCACAAGGCUGAGAUCAUCACUGUCAGCGAAGGCCGAGGUGUCAAGUUCUUCUAGCAGAGACCUGUCUCCAUUGACUUCUUACCUCCCACCCUUCUAGGGCUUUCAAAGGGAGACAGACCCACAGACUGGAUCUGUGACUCCACCAGACUCAAAAGGGCUCCAGUCCAGGGAUGAGGUUUCCCACUUACUCCGUGUGUAUGUCUCUGGGGACGGGUGAGGCUGAGGCGCCAGGGGGAAAAGAUGUGCUUCUCUUUGCCCUACCUCUUCUCCCAUCCUAGACUGUCCCUGAGCCAGGGUCUGUAAACCUUUAACUCCACAUGUGUCCACACACGUUAAGUACAUACACACGCACGCCUGCACAAGCUUCUGUCUCUCCCCCUUCCCACCCCCUUAGCUGCUAUUGCCUCCCCUCUCAGGCUGGUGCUGGAUCCUUCCUAGGGGAUGGGAGAAGCCCUGGCUGCAGGCAGCCUUCCAGGCAAUGUGAAGACAGGAGGCCCAGGAAGGGGCCUGGCAGUGAGAGGCCAGGCUGGACACUGAUUUAUGAUAUUAAAAAGCUCAACCCCACUUGCCUGCCUGCCAUUGGAAGUUACUACUGGAAUGGGCAUGGGGAGAGCUGCGAAGCGUUGCCCCCUGAGUGAAUACCAGCCUAGGAGAGGGGAGAGGCCUUUGGCCUUUGUAAAUGAAAAGGUCCUCCAGUGCUGGCAGGCUCCAGUGAGUCUGUGGUUUUACAUCUGCUGGGUGGGCUGUGUGGGGGAGUGCUGAUGGAACACAGCUUGGGGACAGACUUUCUUUCUCUGAAUUGGAGCAACUUAAUGGCUUCCCCUUCCCUCACCAUCUCCCCCCAUGAAAGUCCUGAACCACU